AUGGCAUCCGGAGACGGAGAAGGAAUGAUUAUUGAUGAUGACUCUAAGAAAUACGAAGAUGUCGAACUUCCAUCGAAAAUCACACCAUCUUGUUCAAUGGUCUCGAAGCCAGCUGUCGAAUUUGAAGUGGAACUGAAUGGAUUCAUGAUGAACAUAAAGUCUCUGCCAAAGGAGGUCUACCAUUACCGAGUUUCUCUCACCAAAAUCACCGAUAGAAAAACUCGCGAUCUCACUAGAGGACAAAAACAAGAUUAUGCUGUACAGUUGCGCCGGCGCGUUUGCAUGUCUUUAUUCAACACCGCCACAAAGAAACGUGCGGACUUGUUUCCAAGAUCUUCGAAAUAUGCCUACAUAUACGACUGUGGAAACUCCCUUUAUAUGAAACAGUCAUUGCCUGAUGAUCGUGGUGACGCAAGCAUCAAGAUUGAACUUCUUCCUGAAGAUAUAACCUCAAAAAACACCAAGGCGUACUUAGGCACAGCUUGUCUCAAGGUAGAAGUAGAGUUUCAAUUUACUCACAUUCUCAAUCCUUGUCUCGUGGGUGAAGUGGAACAAAUCCGUGAAACACAACGACUGCUCGAAGUGAUAACUUCUGCUGGAAUGGUGAAGAAUGAAGACCACAUUCUCUUCGGCAAUAAGGCUUACGAACGUUCGUCGCAACGCGAUGUUGCCCUUUCUCAAGGAAAAGUAGUCAAGUGUGGGCUUGAGAAAAAUUGCCGUGCAGUCGAUUCAGCAGGCGAAACUCUUGCGAUGCUGCAAAUAGGAGCAAAGAAGUCGCCAUUUUUCGCACAAACAUCGGUGGUAAAUUUCUGCGAAAAUUUUCUUGGACUGGACAGUCGACGUGGUCUUUCCCUGGAAGACGCCCUGAGAAAUCGCCGAACUGCCUCCGAUGUUAUGAAACAGCUGAAAGAUAUCGCUGUACGUACAUUACACACAGAAACUCCUCGUGUUCUAUACAUUCAUGGACUUUCAAAGGAAAAUGCUCUACAGGUGAAAUUUGAUUACGAAGGCGAAGAAGUAACUGUGAACGAAUACUUCUUGAGGCGUUAUAAGAGACAUCUUCAGCCAAAUGGUGCAGUUUUCCAUCCUAUGGAAGUACUUGAAAUUGAACGCGGUCAGAGGGUUACAACAGAAAAACAGACUCCACAAAUUUCUGAAACGAUGAUCAAAGAAUGCCAACUUCCACCACUGGCGAUGAAAAAACACGUCGAUGAAAUCUUGGAUGGAGCUUGUUUGGAAAACAAUAGCCAAUACAUUCACGAAUGGGGAAUCAAGAUUUCGUCUCGUCCAAUGCGUGCCUUAGCGAAACGCUUCUUCCCGCCAGCCAUUUCAUAUGGAGGGUCAAUGAAUGUCCAGCCAAAUCAUCACGGAGAUUUACAAUGGAGACUUGGCGCGAGGGAACAAUUCACGGAACCUGCACGAUUGGAUGGAAAAUGGACGUUCCUGAUUUUUGACCAUUGUGUACGCAGCACUGAUGCUCAAAGUUUCAUAGACGCAUUAACAAAGUACUCUUCCCAACAUGGUGUUCAGAUCUCUUCAAGACAUGUUGAAAUAAGGGAAGCGAGUAGCGAAGUUGAAAGUGACAUCGAUAGUAUCAUGAAACAAAUGAGCGGGAGCGUAAAAUUCGUGAUGUUCACCACUAAGAUCAAGUUAGAUCCUGUGCACGAUCUCAUGAAACGAUUAGAAGCCCAGUAUGGGGUUAUAACCCAACACCUUAGUCAGCAAACACUGAUGAAGGCGAUUGGGCAAAAGGGAGCGUUUAUGGUCCUCGGGAACUUGUGUCUGAAGUUGAAUUUGAAGCUAGGAGGAGUUAAUCACAAUUUGCGAGUGUCUGAACACUUCCUCUCUGCAAAUUCUAAUCUUCGUAACGUUGAUGCUACUCUCUUUCCGAAAACAAGAAUGUUUGUUGGAUUUGACGUCAGUCAUGCUGGUCCGCAAUCUUUUGCUGAUCGUCAAAUGAAGAGACCACAGAGUGAACCGACUGUGGUUGGAAUGGCGUUUACUGUUGGUGAGCCGACAAAAAUUCGUGGUAGUUAUUGGAUGCAAGAGCCGCGACAUGCAACUAUUUCGGAUAUUGCGAGUAAUUUUGCUGCUGCUCUUAUGGUCUUCUACAAGGAAACGAAUGGUUUGCCACACGAUAUCAUCGUGUUUCGGAGUGGAGUUUCCGAGGGAGAAUUUAAGAAGGCGGCGAAAGAAAUGAUUGAGAUGCAAAAAGCGUUCGUGGAAGUUAAUCAUCUAUAUCGUCACGGAAUGUACUCGCCAUCGCUCACAUGCUUGGUUGUGCAGACCAAAUCGAACUACCGCAUCGUACCUACUAAAAUCGAUUCGAACGCUCGUCCGAUGGAUCAAAACGUUCCUUGCGGAACUGUUGUAGAAGAUGUAAUGCAUCCUGCAUACAACGAGUUCCUGAUCGUGCCACAAAAAGCUAUCCAGGGUACAGCUCGAGCACUUCGUUGCACCUUGGUGACACACAGUAGGGGCACUUCAGGACAGCUGCUCUCAAUGGAUGAACUGGAACAGAUAACUAACAUCUUAUGUUAUGGGCACCAAGUGGUUUGUGGCUCCACUGGUGUUCCAUCCGUUUGCUACUCUGCCACUAAUUUGUCGAAGCGCGGAAGGAACAAUUGGAAGACGGAAAAUUUCCGCGAUACUGGCAGUGGAUCAACAACAUCCGGUGGUAGUGGCGAAAGAGGUAACCUCCUCCAUGAUGGAUCUCCAAAUUUCUUCAAAGAUCUCAGUGCACAUCUUAGCAGUAAGAAGAGACGAGGUCAACAGUACACCGACGCAGCUGAUCUGCGUGAUGAUACUACACCACGUUCUGGAUGGCUGCAAUCUGUUAAGAGGCAUGCAACCGUUUUACUGCGAGGUGUUGUCAUGGAACUUUUCCAACGGAUUUGUCUUAAGCAUUACGAUCCUCCUCCGCCGCCCCCUCCUGCUCCUCCUGCUGAGUAUGAACCUCCUCCACCUCUUGCCGCUCCUCCCCCGCUACUGCCUCCGGCUGAGUACGAUCCUCCUCCGCCGCCGCCUCCUGCUCCUCCUGCUGAGUAUGAACCUCCUCCACCUCUUGCCGCUCCUCCGCCACUACUGCCUCCUGCUGAAUACGAUCCUCCUCCUGCACCAGCUGCUUUUCCUCCACCACCACCACCGGCUGAGUACGAUCCUCCUCCGCCGCCGCCUCCUGCUCCCCCUGCUGAGUAUGAACCUCCUCCACCUCCUGCCGCUCCUCCGCCACUACUGCCUCCGGCUGAAUACGAUCCUCCUCCUCCACCAACUGGUUUUCCUCCGCCACCGCCGGCUGAGUACGAUCCUCCUCCACCCCCGCCUGAUGGUGCAGCUGGGCGUUUUGCUCCAGCAGAGUACGAUCCUCCACCUCCGCCGGCUCCUGCUCCUGCUGAGUAUGAUCCUCCUCCGCCGCCGCCUCCUGCUCCUCCUGCUGAGUAUGACCCUCCUCCUCCUCCAGCUGGUUUUCCUCCACCUCCGCCGGCUCCUGCUCCUGCCGAGUAUGAUCCUCCUCCGCCGCCGCCUCUUGCUCCUCCUGCUGAGUAUGAUCCUCCUCCUCCACCAGCUGCUUUUCCUCCACCACCGCCUGCUGAAUACGAUCCUCCUCCGCCACCGCCUGCUGGUGCAGCUGAGCGACUGACUCCAGCAGAGUACGAUCCUCCUCCGCCGCCGCCCCCUGCUCCUCCUGCUGAGUAUGAUCCUCCGCCGCCGCCGCCUCCUGCUCCUCCUGCUGAGUAUGAUCCUCCUCCUCCACCAGCUUUUCCUCCACUACCGCCAGCUGAAUACGAUCCUCCUCCGCCGCCGCCUCCUGCUCCUCCUGCUGAAUAA